CAUAGAAAAACUCAGACAACACAACAUAACACAAUACAAACACUCUUUCUUUCUUUUGUUGUUGUUGUUAAUGGGAUGGAGCAGAAUAACGUUAUCGCACCGUUCGUUUUAAAGACAUACCACAUGGUGAAUGAUCCCAACACCGAUAAGCUUAUCACGUGGGGCCCAAACAACAACAGCUUCAUCGUCCUCGACCCCCUCGAUUUCUCUCACUCCCUUCUCCCUGCUUUCUUCAAACACAACAACUUCUCCAGCUUCGUUCGCCAACUCAACACCUAUGGUUUCAGAAAGGUGGAUCCGGAUAAGUGGGAGUUUGCGAACGAGUGGUUCCUGCGAGGGCAGAAACACUUGUUGAAGAACAUCGUGAGGAAGAAGCACGGUGGUGGAAGGAAUAACGCAUAUUCGAAGCUCGAGGAUUUGGACGAUGAGGCCUUGGUGAUGGAGAUUGCGAGGUUGAAGGAGGAACAGAAGGCUUUGGAAGAGGAGCUUCAAGGUAUGAACAAGAGGUUAGAGACAACAGAGAAACGACCACAGCAAAUGAUGUCUUUUCUCUGCAAAGUCGCCGAGGAUCCUCAAGUUCUUUCUCGAAUACUCCUCGAGAGAGAGAGGAAGCAGCUUGGGGAGAAGAAACGGCGGUUGAUAUCGGCGGCGGCGGCUACGUCGUCUUCCUCGUCGUCGGGCAUGGCGGCGACGAAUUCGUCGGUGAAGACGGAGUUUGAGGAAGACGAAGCAACUGUGGGUAAUAUAAUAUCUUCAUCAUCGCCGGAGACAGGUUUUGAAAUUCAUAAUUUUUGCCGUGCGGUGCCGCUGUCUCCGCCGCAGGAGGCUACGCCGGCGGUUUGGUGGGGGCAGGCGCAUGGGAUUGGCCAACAGGGUGGUUAUGGUUAUAAUUGUGCUGCCGCUCCGGCACCGUUGACGGAGGUGUCUGUGGCGGUGCCGCCGCCAAUGGGAGGAGGCUAUCCGGGGUACGAGAAUAAUAAUGGUAAGGGGCGGGUGAGUUAUUUCAGUGAUAUGGCGGUAGAGUGCAGUUCACUGCCACCUUAUCCGUUUUCGCUGUUGGAAGGUGGCUUUUAGCUUAUGUUUUACUUUUAUUAAGAUUUUAUCUUGGAUUCUCUCAUUUGUAAAAUUCU